AUGCAUACUAGGCAUUUCACAGAUAUCAUCUCCGAAACACGUCCCACCACAACAGUACUUCAUAACGCAGAACGUGAUAGUGGCAGUCAUCACGUCCUGCUAUUAACCGGUGUAGCAAAGGUUCGGGAUGAACCAAACAAGCUAUGGAAAGAGGUGGAGAUCCUCUUCGACACCGGAGUCGACCACUCAUUCAUCAGCCAACGUCUUGCGGACGACUUGGGGCAGGAGUGUACAAAACAGCAGGAGUUCCAACAAUAA